GGACCGUGUGGUGAGCUACUCUCUUGGCCGCAGGCUGCCGACGGAUCAUGUUAGUGGACAGCUGCAGUUCAGAUUUGAGAUAAUGUCCUCAAUUCACCCAGGUCACGAACACUUCCUUCUUUGAACCCUUACCUUCUCUUACAUCAGUACCAAGAUCACAUUUAGUCCGUUUUCACUCAAUGAUCAAAUUGAAAUACCACGAUAAGAUCCAGUCAUGUUUUAUGUCCCACAUGAUAUAGUCAAAAACACUGAUCACAGUGGAGAUGAAUGUAAACAAUAUUGCUGUUGAUUAAUUCCAUGUACUGUUAUUGUCCUGAUUGAAAGUCCAAUACAUUUUUUAAAAAUCCCUGUACUAUGCCAAUGCCACAAUUCAAAUAAUUACACAUAAAAGGAAAUCCACAGUGUGGUUUCUCUUUGUCUGCAAUUGAUUGCAUUGGGUCCCCAAGUCACCAUUCUAAGACAGUAAGGUGACAAUUGUUCUCUCUCUCAUUUCAGAUGAUGAGGACAUCUCCCUCGUCAUGGAGUGCCCAGUGGUCCCUGACCCUGACCAGUUGGAGGUGGACCAGGAGGACCCAGUCGCCUCAGCAGAGAUCCCCGCCGACGACACAUUGAGCAUGGGGCCCGACACACCCGAGCUCCCACUGGAUGGAGCCCCAGACUCGGAGGACCCGGAGCCCUCCACCACUCUCGCUUACGUCUCCCUCACAGAGGAGGCCUAUCCUGGGGACGAGGUCAUUGAGGAGGAGUGUGUGGAGGAGCAGGUCACCCUGGUUGAGAUGGACGAGAGCACAGUUAGGGAUGUGCAGGUAUCUUCUUCAGAGCCACAGACUGGGAUAGAAGAGCAGGUUUCAGCUGAACAAGUGGUGGAGGAGGAGAUAGAGGAGGAGGAGGAGACUGGAGCCCAGGAGGCUCAUGCCCUGUCUGAGGAGGUGGAGGAGGGGGAGGCCCAAGUGCAGCCUAACCCUGAGGGUGUGGAGAUGGAGUUGGACAGUGAGGAACCUACCACUGCUGUGGAGGAGCCGUUGGAAGGAGCCACGGGGCCUGUGCCGGCUGAGGAGGAAGUGGAGGUAGUGGAGGAGGAGGGCGAGCAGCUGGUGGUGGAAGCCGAACCGAGGAGGGUUGACUGUUGCUGCCCGGCCCGCGCCUCCCCUCCGAUGCGGAGCGCCCUGCGGCGCAAGAACAGGCCCUGCUCGCUGCCCGUCUCUGAGCUGGAGACGGUGAUCGCCUCGUCGUGUGGCGACCCCGAGACGCCGCGCACCCACUACAUCCGCAUCCACCACCUCCUCCACAGCCUGCCUUCAGCACGCCAACGGCAGGGCAGCGGGGAGGAGGAGGAAGAGGAGGGAGGGUCUUCUACUGAGGAGCCUACCAUCAAACCCACCUCCAAGGACGGGGAGGAGGGGGAAGGGGAGGAGGAGGAAGGGGAGGAGGAGGAGGGAGACGUGUCCCAAUCCCUGGCGUCCCCCUCCCAGGUGCGUGAGUGCACAGCCCCCUGCUGUCGUAGUAGGACCCUCCCCCGCAGUCUGUCCAUUGAGCGCCUGUCAGAACUCAACCAGCUUCUGGAUGGAGGGGAGAGGGGAGGGAGGACGCUGCACCCACGCCUGGAGAACGAAGAGGCGGAAGGGGGCGGAGGCGGCCGGGGAGUGAGGGGGAGCGAGUGCGAGUUGUGCGACAACUCGUGCUACAGCACGUCUUGUUACAGCACCAGUUGUUACAGCACCUCCUGCUACAGUAACUCUGGCUACGAGGGGCGCAACCGCGUCUGCAGCCACACACGGCUGUCGUCGGUGGACAGCACACGCCUCUCAGAGAGCACCGUCUUCUCCUCACAGGACGAAGAGGAGGAAGAGGAGGAGAACAGCGCCUUUGAGUCGGUGCCUGACUCCAUCCAGAGCCCCGAGACCAGGGAGCCUGGCGGCGAUGGGACGACAGCAGAAUGGAGGGAGGAGACAGAGGAGGGGACGAGAGGGGGGAGCGGGGAGUCACCGGUGGCCGGGCCUAGCGAUAGGACAGCAGGAGGUGAGAUGCUCUUUCUAGUCACGUACUAACUGAUACACCUGGUAAAUGUGUGUUUACCCUGUUCAGACCCUAAGACCAGGUCAACCUUAGCAAAUGUGAUAAAAACAUACCCAGAAUAACAAAUGAAAACACAACCCCCAUUUCUAUUUUUGCAAGACUACUCUACUCUCCUACCUUGUGAUGGUUACACUGUACAACAACUGCACAGCAUUGCAGCCCACCACAAUAAUUAUAACUUACUAUACACAGAACCUUAUCUUUAGAAACAAGGCCUCCUCCUCACCACUAUUGAUAGAGAGAGUACAGGAGAGCUCUGUUAUUGUGACUGAAUCCAUAGUCUCCGCUGUGACAGGCCUGGUUGCCCGUUAGUGUGUUGCACAGGGAGCCCUGUUAUUUCUCCCCCCACAUUCAGGUGCGUUAGCACUGUCAGUGUCGCUCUAAUUAUCUUCCCCCCCAACCCCCACUGCCGACCUCAUUUCCAGUUUCACAAACGUGAAACGAGUGAAUGCCAACCGAACCAUCACCCAUGAUUGUGCUAAUCAUUGUUUGUCCUUUAAAAGAGCAGUGCACCGUGGUUCGAGAUAGGAGGCUAUGGGAAGCACAGACCCCCGCAGUUGUGCGUUUACCCCCAGUUUGCUCCUUUCACAAUAGUGUUUGUGUCUGUUGCGAUGACCAUUGUGUGUGUCUUCCCCACACACACACAUCACACACACACACAUCGACAUACUGUACAUACACAUCAACACACACAUCAGGCCUCCUGGACAGGGGUCAAAGGUGAUGGUGGCCUUAGAGGAGAGGGGUCAGCAUGGGGUGGUUAGGUCACACAAAGAAUGUGGUCAAACUCAUGGUAGCACAGCAUUUUUAGGUUCCUGGCUGCCUGCCUGCCCAGACAUAUGGUACCAGGCUUUUGUUUUUGGUCAUAAGCUGCUUUGCUACUGCCAUGUUGUUUUGUUAUCUAUGUUCUUUGUUUCUAUGUUUGUUUUUUAUUUGGCUUUGACUGAAAUGGUGCUUCAGCUACUGUUUCAGUUAUUAGUUCAGUUACUGGUUAAGUUACUGGUUCAGUUAUUAGUUCAGUUACUGGUUAAGUUACUGGUUCAGUUAUUAGUUCAGUUACUGGUUAAGUUACUGGUUCAGUUAUUAGUUCAGUUACUGGUAAAGUUACUGGUUCAGUUACUGGUUCAGUUACUGGUUCAGUUACUGGGUGAAAACACUGCUACACAAAGUGGAUGCCCAACCAUUUGAGGCUGGGUUGUGUUGAAGUAAGGACAAAAUGAGAUAAUAGUGAGAUAAUUAGGACAAAGGAAGUGAUUGCAUAUGAAUUUGAAACAGUUCUGUUCAAACAAGUUCACAAUUAAGCUUCAUAUACAUUGUUCACGAUGACAUUGCUGAUGCUGAGCAACAUACCUACGUCUGUUGGCUGUUUUUAGGGUAUAUGCUGAAAAUGCAUGGUUUUCUUUCAACUUGAACUCCUGUGUUCUCCAAAGCUACACAAGUGUUCCGUUUUUUACAUGUUGACUCUCAUUAGACACGAUAGGCAAUGUAGAUCACGAAUCAGAGCAAAAAAAUUAAGGCCCCAUUUUAUGCCUCGAUCAGGGCACGGCAAGACUCCUGCCUGCACUUUAUAUAUUUUCUCCUUUCAUCCCCCAUGUCUUUCUUCCUUAAUUAGAAUUGCUAAUGAAAAAAUGUCAGAACUUCUGUCACCUAGGUAACUGACUAUUGUUAUCAUUGUUAGAGCAAAUGGGUCAUGUUGGGGGGGAGCAUGUGGCGGUUUUAUAUCUGUAAUUUGUCUUGACAGUUGUUUGACGUUUUCUCUGUUCUCCCUCUAUCUGUUGGAAGGGCAGAGAGAGCUGAGGGCUGACAGUACCUCUUUAUGGACGGAGAUACUAUACGGUGGGAGAUAAAUCCUACACCAACACAGACACACAGUAUGCUCACCACACACACUGCUGCAUACUGAGAGAAGGAGUGGGUGGGUGGGAGCCAUGCAGGUACCUGCAGCUACAACGUACUCAGUACAAACCCGGCCAAGCAGAACCAAGUCAGUCCCCACUGAUCCACCACGCUCACAUUCACUACUGUUAAUGUUCAGCACUGGGAGGUUCCGCUGCCGUUUACCUGACAUUCUAAAUAGCAGCGCCCGCUCUGUGCUAUAACACACACACACACACACACACACACACACACACACACAGUACAAUAGCUACACACACACAGAACAGUAUUAGGGCCUUAUAGAAUCCGCGUUGCGGAGAAUCACGGAAUCCAAACUUUUAAAUGGAAUUACACAAUAUUCAAAAAUGUAUUGAACUUAAUAGGAAAUCAACUAAAUCUAUUAAACUUAAUAUAAAAUGCAUUAAUUUGCCCAAGUGAAUCAUAAGACAUGAACAAAAUGCAGGAAUGCCCCUGUCUGUGUGCAUGUGUGCAGUGCGUGCAUAUAUACACUUUGUGUAGCCGUUAGCGAUAUGAUGCUAAUGAUAACCUUCUUCUGGUAAAGAUGGAAAGGCUUUCCCAAAAACCUUCUCAAUUAAAUGUUAACUAUAAAGUAGCCUAUCCCUACCUGGCAGAAUGAUAUCAUGAUUAUUUGCAGCAAUCCAGUGGCCAUUUGUUUGGCAAACUCUGCAAUCUCAUGAGCGCUACAGCAACACCGCUUAACCAAACAGCAGUCUCUUCCUGGUGCCCACUUGCAUUAAAGAGUAACCCAUUAAAGGAUCUUCUGAUGUGGUUUAAACAUUGUUGUUGACUUAGAACAUAAAAUGUUAUUGUUUUUCUAUUAAAGACGUGUGAUUUUGAGAGUGAAAACAAACAAAAAACGGGGAAAAACCUGGAAAAACUAAAGGGAGAAAUAAAACCUGAAUCAGGCCAGAAAUAAAACAGCUUUUAUAGGACUGUACAGUAGCAGCCACACACACUGCACUCUCUGAACUGAAAAAAGUCACGCCCACAACACCCCCACAAUGUGUCUCUCAAUCUCUCUCUCUCUAUCUCUCUCUCUCUAUCUCUCUCGCUCUCUCUCUCUGGUCACUAUAAGAGUGUGUUACUUUGUAUGGGGGGCAAAGACAGAAAAUAUUAUCAACCCUGCCGAAAAAUCUCUCAAUGACACUGAAACUGCAUUUUUCGCUCCCAAUUUCUCAUCCCCUGACAUUUAUCCGAUGUGAGACAAUAUAUCGGAUACAUGUCGACGUUGGUAAAAGGGUUCCUUUUACGUUCACCAACCUCCAUUUCCCACCUCUGUUAGCUCACAGGUUCCCCUGUGUUUCUCCUCCCAUGUCUGUAUAGGAGAUAGUUCCUUGCCAUGCAGUCAUCCUCCUUCAGUCAGCCAAGGUCCUGCUUUGCGACCUGACCCCCACCAUUACCCAACUGUUGAUGAACCGUUGCCUCCAAGUAAGCCUUCCUACAUCAUUCACCACCCUUACUCUUACUCUGGAGUCGUGUGUCUGUGUGUGCACGCGCCCGUGUGCAUUGAUAUGUGUGUCGCAUUCGAUGUGCAUGUAGCCAUUUCUCUUAACAUCUCUCCAAUGGGGAGGGACACACCACUCUGGUGCUACCUAUCCAUCUCUCUGUCUAUCAGUACAUUGAUCCAUCCUUGACGUUUUCUGUUCGACCAUUCACACCAUUUGAGCUUCUAGAACUGUCAUUUCUGGUCGCCCUGGUCCCACUGGAGUCAUGAGAUCUGGUGUGUUUUAUGUCCAAGGUUUUGCUACACAUGGGUUGCCAGAUUGGGUUUCUAUGUGCUACUUUAUGCUACUAUGUGGCAUCCUGGGGUGCUGUACCAUCUCACGCAUCAGGCACCACAGCCCUCACCACCACCGUUUCUAUAGUGACAGGCCGCAGAGAGGCAGAGCGGGAAAGGCAGUCUAUAUUUAUAUCAGCAGGGCGUCUGAUACCAGUGGAGGCUGUGGGGUUCGCCUCACGCUAAGGUCUGUUGGACUACAAGUUCCAUGAACUCUAGAGAAGAGUUGAAUGUGACUGCAGCUGGAAAAUGUAGUUUAUCGCUAACAUAGACAUGGUUCCUUGUGAUCUCUUCUGUAAGCUGCUAAAUUAAAUUGCAGUAAAAUUAAAAAUAUUCACAGUAUCAUUUUUUGGGAUGAAAUGAAAAGCAAUAUUUCGCUCUUCCUUUUUACAUUGCUUUUCUUUGUUCUUUUUUUAACUCAAGUUUCUCUUCCCCUGUGAGCAGAGAAUUCAUCCUGUUUUUCGGUUGUUCUUUGUCUGUAUUGAUAUUGGGACUUGGUGCAAUGUCACACCAGCAGAAGCCCUGCUGAGCUUUGGGUUUUACUAUGAAAUGGGCAGCCAUUGAAAUGGCUAAAAAUAGCCUCCAAAAACCAAAUCAGCAGGGAGUUACCGGGGAGAGAUCUGACAGCCACAAAUAUAGUGCUGCUGCACCAAGAGGGACUCUCUUCCAGCUCAUUAGAAUAAGCAGAGCAGGGAUGGAGAGGAGCUGCUGCUAGGAGGUAUAUUUCUAUCAGGAGAUGUUGUUAAUAUGCUCACAGCUCACAGACUGACUCAUACUGUGUUAGUAUUUAGGACACGUGCACACAUGAAUGUGCACACACAUACACACAUUCUUCAAAACAGUACCAAACUACAGACUAAACUAUCUCCGACAGUAGCUGCCUCUCAAUCGUGUAUCUCCCAAAGCCCUCAUAUCUAACGUAAGCACCUUACAGCCUCAAAUAGACACAUCCACAUCCCCAAAUAGGCUUGAAUAUUCAGCUCUACUCUGCAGUGCAGUGAUAAUACCCACAUCUCUCCACGCUGACUCCAAGUAACUCCCUCCACAGCAAUAAUAUCCUGUAUGCAUGUUUCUCUGUUUCUCUCUCUGUCUGCAUACCACAGCACUGACUACACUACCCACGAUUCUGCCAGUGUGAAUACAGUAGUAUACAACUCAUGCAACAUAGUCUCAUGAGUGAUAAGUUCCAUUUCAACACUUUUGCCUUGGUUUUGGGGUGAGGAUAUUUUCUGCUGCUUCUAGUAGCAGGCUGUACUGCUGUGCAUUUAGUGGGUUAUAAUCCACUUCCUGGGUGUGUGAGAUGAGAUGAUCUCUCUCUCUCUCUCUCUCUCUCUCUCUCCCUCACUCCCUCACUCCCAUGUGUUGUGAAAGCCAGCAGGUUUCUAAUUGUGGUCCUCUGUAGCUCAGCUGGUAGAGCACGGCGCUUGUAACGCCAGGGUAGUGGGUUCGAUCCCCGGGACCACCCAUACACAAAAAUGUAUGCACACAUGACUGUAAGUCGCUUUGGAUAAAAGCGUCUGCUAAAUGGCAUAUUAUUAUAUUAUUAUAAUCCUAGAGUGAAUCCCAUCACCAUGAUUACCCACCCACUGCUGUGCCCCGCUACAGAGAGAGAUGAUGAUUAAAAAGAGGGAGGAGAAGGGAAAGAGAUUUGGCCAGGGUGAGGCCCAGCUUCUGAACCCCCUGAGGGUUUCAAGAAGAGAUAGAGGAAAGACAGGGAAAGGGAGAGAUGUAGAGGGAAAGGGAGAGAGGUAGAGGGAAAGGGAGAGAUGUAGAGGGAAAGGGAGAGAUGUAGAGGGAGAGGGAGAGAUGUAGAGGGAAAGGGAGAGAUGUAGAGGGAAAGGGAGAGAUGUAGAGGGAAAGGGAGAGAUGUAGAGGGAGAGGGAGAGAUGUAGAGGGAGAGGGAGAGAUGUAGAGGGAGAGGGAGAGAUGUAGAGGGAAAGGGAGAGAUGUAGAGGGAGAGGGAGAGAUGUAGAGGGAGAGGGAGAGAUGUAGAGGGAGAGGGAGAGAUGUAGAGGGAAAGGGAGAGAUGUAGAGGGAGAGGGAGAGAUGUAGAGGGAAAGGGAGAGAUGUAGAGGGAGAGGGAGAGAUGUAGAGGUAAAGGGAGAGAUGUAGAGGGAAAGCGAUGACAGAAAGGGAAAAUAUGUACAGCAGGCUAAAUGGAUGUGUUGGGACGGAGGCUUAAGUGGUUUUGGGAGAUUACUUUACAUGCUGGUCCUUGGCUACAACUGUAGACCUAAUUAAUGGCAUCAUAGCUAGUCAUCAGCCCUGUACUUCUCACAAACAACAGAUGCCAUUUAGAAGCACUUCCAAGUUUUAAACACAGGAUCUCAAUCAUAUUUUAAAACAUCUGGAAGUAUCCCUUGUAUUUUGCCUUUGCGGUUGCCAUUCCCAACAGUAUGUGUCAUCAGGCACACUGGUGAAGUGGCACUUUGGCUCUCGAUGACCUUCACUAUUAAUGUGUAAAUCUGUGGGCAACGGUCCUCUGUUGCUGUGGAUGUACUGUUUGUAUGUGGAAUUCCUAUAGGGAGCGCCAAAGCUGACAAGGACUGCAUUCCAAAUGGAACCCUAUUUCCUAUAUAGUGCACUACUUUUACCCAGGGCCCAUAGGAUUCUAGUUAAAAUUAGGGCACUAUAUAGGGAAUAGGGUGUAAUUUGGGACACGGCCAAUGACUAUAAGGUAAUGUGUUUACCAUUUACUGAGGGUCCAUUCAUGCAGGGAUGUACUGUACAUUCAUCUUUAGGUGUCCAACUCCUGUCUGAUGUUAGCAACCUUUCUGAAUGUCCUGUGGUGUGAAGCAUAUAGCUAGUUGCUUAAUACAAUAUCGACCUCCGUGAGAUUACUUUGAUCCCAAAGCCAGCUGACCACAGCAGACAAUAACCCAGUGUCAGUUUCACUCAUCUCCCAAAGCAAACCUCCCAUCCUAUCCUUACUCCUCUUUCCUGUAUCCAGCUUUCCCUUUUGCUACCACUAGAUCUCUUACUCAAACCCCUUUCAACUUCCUUUCCUUUCUUUUCUUGUCAUUCUUAAUUGGGUGUUGUAUUACAAUCACGCCCCCGGAAUUUCAUGUCUCCCUCUUUGUGUCCCCCCUCCCUCUCUGUGUACUUCCUGCUGUGUGUGCAGACUGGGAGGCGCGCAUCGACAGCCACGGACGUGUCUUCUACGUGGACCAUGUGAACCGCACCACCACCUGGCGGAGGCCCACGCACGCCGCCUCCAAGUGGAACGGCAUCCAGCGCUCCAGCUCCACCCAGCAGAUGGAACAGCUCAACAGGAGGUGAGACUGGGAGAAAGAGGGGAUGAGGGUACAGGAGGAGGGGAGGGGAGGGAGGGAGGGUGGUAGAGGAGGAGGGUAGGGAGGGAGGGUGGUAGUGGAUGAGGGGAGGGAGGGAGAGAGAGUGGUAGAGGAGGAGUAGGGGAGGGAGGGAGGGUGGGUGGUAGAGGAGUAGGGGAGGGAGGGAGGGAUGGUGGUAGAGGAGGAGGGGAGGGAGAGAGAGAGAGUGGUAGAGGAGGAGGAGGGGAGGGAGGGAGAGUGGUAGAGGAGGAGGGGAUGAGGGAGAGAGGGUGGUAGAGGAGGAGGGGAGGGAGGGUGGUAGAGGAGGGGAGGGAGGGAGAGAGGUGGUAGAGAGAGGAGGAGGGGGAGGGAGGGUGGAUAGAGGAGGAGGGGAGGGAGGGUGGUAGAGGAGAUGGAGGAGAGGGUGGUAGAAGGAGGAGGGGAGGGAGGGAGAGUGGUAGAGGAGGAGGGGAUGAGGGAGGAGAGGGGGAGGGAGGAGGGGAGGGAGGGGUGGUAGAGGAGGAGGAGGGGAUGGGAGGAGGGGGUAGAGGAGGAGGGAUGGGAGGGUGGUAGGGUAGAGGAGGAGGGGGGAGGGAGAGGGGGAGGGGGGAGAGAGGAGGGAGGGGAGAGAGGGUGUGAGGAGGAGGGGGGGAGGGUGGUAGGGAGGAGGGAGGGAGGGAGAGAGGGUGGUGAGGAGGAGGAGGGGAGGGAGGGUGGUAGAGGAGGAGGGAGGGGAGGGGAGAGGAGGAGGGUAGAGAGGAGGAGGGGAGGAGGGAGGAGGGAGGGUGGUAGAGGAGGAGGGAGGGAGGAGAGAGGGUGUAGAGGAGGAGGGGAGGGAGGGUGGUAGAGGAGGAGGGAGGGAGGGUGGUAGAGGGGAGAGGAGGAGAGGGAGGGAGGGAGAGAGAGUGGUAGAAGAGGAGGAGGGGAGGAGGGGAGGGAGGGAGGGUGGUAGAGGAGGAGGGAAGGGAGGGGUGGUAGAGGAGGAGGGGAGGGAGAGAGAGAGGGUGGUAGAGGAGGAGGAGGGGAGGGGGAGGGGAGGGAGAGGGGUGGUAGAGGAGGAGGGGAGGGAGGGUGGUAGAGGAGGAUGGAGGGAGAGAGAGAGGGUGGUGAGAGGAGGAGGGGAGGGAGGGAGGGUGGUAGAGGAGGAUGGGGAGGGGGAGGGAUGGUGGUAGAGGAGGAGGGGAGGGAGGGAGAGGGGGUGGUAGAGGAUGGAGGGGAGGGAGGGAGAGAGAGGGUUGGUAGAGGGGAGGGGAGGAGGUGGUAGAGGAGGAGGGAGGGAGGGAGAGGGGUGGUAGAGGAGGAGGAGGAGGGGAGGGUGGGUAGAGGAGGAGGGGAGGGGAGGGAGAGGAGAGAGUGGUAGAGGAGGAGAGGGGGAGGGAGGAGAGGGUGGUAGAGGGGAGGGGAUGAGGGAGAGAGGUUGGUGGGCUUUUAGAGGGAGAGGGGGGGAGGGUGUGGUUUAGAGGAGGAGGGAGGGAGGGAGAGAGGUGGUUAGAGGAGGAGGAUGGAGGAGUGUGGAGUAGAGGAGGAGGGGACGGGAGGGUGGUAAGAGGAGGAGGGAGGGAGAGAGUAGUAGAGGGUUAAGAGAGGAGGGAUGGAUGGGGGGAUGGUUAGAGGCGGAGGGAGAGGAGUGGUAGAAGAGGAGGGGGAGGAGGUGGUGAUUAGGAGGAGGGAGGGAGAGAGAGUGGUGAAGAGGAGGAGGGAGAGGGGAGGGAGGGAGGUGGUAGAGGGGGAGGGGGGAGGGAGAGAGGGUGUAGAGGAGGGGGAGGGGGAGGGUGGUAGAGGAGGAGGGAGGGAGGGAGAGAGGGGGAGAGGAGGAGGGGAGGAGGGAGGGUGGUAGAGGAGGAGGGGAGGGAGGGUGGUAGAGGAGGAGGGAGGGAGGGAGAGAGAGUGGUAGAAGAGGAGGAGGGGAGGAGGGGAGGGAGGGAGGGUGGUAGAGGAGGAGGGAAGGGAGGGUGGUAGAGGAGGAGGGGAGGGAGAGAGAGAGGGUGGUAGAGGAGGAGGAGGGGAGGGGAGGGGAGGGAGAGAGGGUGGUAGAGGAGGAGGGGAGGGAGGGUGGUAGAGGAGGAUGGAGGGAGAGAGAGAGGGUGGUAGAGGAGGAGGGGAGGGAGGGAGGGUGGUAGAGGAGGAUGGGAGGGGGGAGGGAUGGUGGUAGAGGAGGAGGGGAGGGAGGGAGAGAGGGUGGUAGAGGAGGAGGGAGGGAGGGAGAGAGGGUGGUAGAGGAGGAGGGGAGGGAGGGUGGUAGAGGAGGAGGGAGGGAGGGUGGUAGAGGAGGAGGGGAGGGGAGGGAGAGAGGGUGGUAGAGGAGGAGGGAGGGAGGGAGAGAGGGUGGUAGAGGUGGAGGGGCGGGUGGAGACUAUAUUGUGAUGCCUCACUUCCUGGGAUGUGUGGGUGGUUUGUGGUCUUGUUUGGGGGUGAGAGAAUAGAAUAGAACAUAACUUUAUUGUCCUUUCCUUUGGCAUCAUCGUACACAUGUACAUUCACAUCACACACAUUGAAAACCGUCAGUCCAGCAUACACAAGCACAUAGAGGACAUCGAUACAUUCACUCACAACUGGCCGCUGCCCCAACUGCAAUGUUAAACUAGGUAAAUAAAUAAGUGCCAAGACAUUUCAUGUUGUAUUUAGUAAUCCCACAGCACAGGGAACAAAUGAGUGUUUGUACACGUUCUUCCUGGCCAUGGGCAUCCUGCCGUACCAGAGAAGGGGGGGAUGAGGGGAUGGAGAGAGGAGAUUGGAGGACAGGGGAGGGUAAUAAUGAAAGGUAAAGGAGAGGGGAUAGAAAAGGGGGGAUGAGAGGAUGAGAGCAGAGAGGGGGAUCUACUUCAAAUCAAAUCAAAUGUUAUUUGUCACAUGCGCCGAAUACAACAGGUGUAGGUAGAUCUUACAGUGAAAUGCUUACUUACAAGUCCUUAACCAACACUGCAGUUUUAAGAAAGAAUACCUAAAUAAAAGUAACAAGAUGCAGUGCAUAAGAUGGUCAGAAUGGAUCAUGCAUGACUGAAUAUCUCUUAGGCUGCCUUGCCUUAGUCAUAUGAUGUGCUGUCCAGUUGGAUUCCCAGUGAUGUGCUCUGUAACUACUGUUCAUGUGAUAUCACCUCUUUGGUAAACCGUCAGUGUAUUCUUAUGUUUGUAUUGGGCUGCCAUCUAGCGGACAUGUCUGGACAUGCAGCCUAAAUUCCCAUCUAACUGAUAUGCUUAAUCACUCUUUUUCAUUCUCAGUUUUUCUAUACCUCUCACACACAAUCACACACACUCCCCCCCACACACACACAUACACACAUUUAAAUUUGGCUCCCAGUCGCUGAGGGCCCCCUUGUCUUUAAUGUUCCAGAGUGGUUUGCCCACAUCAGAUUCAGAACACACACCUUCAGACAUAAACAAAUUUCUCCUUCCACACACUGACCUAAUUUUAUGUCACAAGGGACCCCCACUGACCAAUGAAGAAUAAAAUAUGAGAAAUUACCCAGUUAUAUCGUUAACGGACGUGGCAGUUUCACUGCUAUGGAUUCCAGAUUUAAAAAUGGUGGACGUGGGUUGCAUCUUGAAAGUAUAAAGUUUAGUUUAUCAAUGACAAAAAGGUGCAAAGCUGCAGUAUUGUAUAGAGAAUCUACUUUUGCUGCUUGAGGGUGUACAGUAGCAGAUCAAGUCAACAUAGUUGACUGUAAAGUGCCUCGAUGCAAUAAGUUGCCUCAUUGGUGCAGUGACGUACGGUGAUGUCACUUCCUGUUCCUUUCCAGGUACCAGAACAUCCAGAGGACCAUGGCGACGGAGGAUGAGUGUGGCGGACGGAGGUUGGAGAGAAGUGGCAGCACGGAAACGGAAAUAGACUCUCCACCACAGGCCAUUGGUGUGUAUCUCACUCCUUUACCUAAACCAUAAUGGAAUAAUAUGCCAUUUAGCAGACGCUUACAAUAGUGUGUGCAUACCUUUUCCUAUUGGUGGCCCCAGUUCAAAUCAGACCCAUGACCCAUUGCAAGCUCCAUGCUCUACCGACUGAGCAACACAUGGCAUUAAUAUGGUAUUAACAUGAUCAAUGUAUGUAAUACUACUGUAUUACAUGCAUAUUGUACAUAUAUUAUUAAAUAUUUAGCCAUGCAUUGCCUCCCUUUGUGUGCAGAGCCAAGGAGAGAGGGCCCCUCGUCCCCCGUUAGCAAUCAGAAGAUCACCCUGCUCCUCCAGUGCCCUGCCGUUAAGUUCGUCACCCACCCCGAGUUCUUCACGGUCCUACAUGCCAACUACGUAAGUGCUGUUCAAACAGGAAUAGUCCUUUAAAAAUAACAAAUAAAUAAGUCAUUUAGCAGACGCUCUUAUCCAGAGCGACUUACAGGAGGAAAUAGGGUUAAGUGCCUUGCUCAAGGGCACAUCAGCAGAUUUUUCACCUAGUCGGCUCUGGGAUUAGAACCAGCGACCUUUCGGUUACUGGCACAACACUCUUAACCACUAAGCUACCUGCCGCCCUUUGAUAGUUUAGCUCUUUGGAUGUAAUGUUUGAUUGUCAGAUUAACCUUUAUUUACCGUCUUGUUCUGCCUUUGAUAACCUACCGAAUUAAGAAAUGAAUGAAUGAAUGACAUUUUAUUUUCGUGUCAAAUCGCCAAUUGGCAACCCAUCCCUUAUGGGAUUAAUUGACACAUAAACAAACAUUACAAUAAUUCACUGUGGUAAUUCAGUGACAAUUCUUCUUCCAGUGUUCUCUGCAGUGUGCAUCGCAUAAUGAGUGAAAAAAUGUAAGGUAAAAAUCAAUACAUAAUAAUAAAUAAGGUUAUCCAAACAAUAAUUAUAUCCCUAGAGCAGUAAAAUAAUAUACAUACACACAUACAUACAUACAUACAUACAUACAUACAUACAUACAUACAUACAUACAUACAUACAUACAUACAGUGAGGGAAACAAGUAUUUGAUCCCCUGCUGAUUUUGUAUGUUUGCCCACUGACAAAGAAAUGAUCAGUCUAUAAUUUUAAUGGUAGGUUUAUUUGAACAGUGAGACACAGAAUAACAAACAAAAAAUCCAGAAAAACGCAUGUCAAAAAUGUUAUAAAUUGAUUUGCAUUUUAAUGAGGGAAAUAAGUAUUUGACCCCCUCUCAAUCAGAAAGAUUUCUGGCUCCCAGGUGUCUUUUAUACAGGUAACGAGCUGAGAUUAGGAGCACACUCUUAAAAGGGAGUGCUCCUAAUCUCAGCUUGUUACCUGUAUAAAAGACACCUGUCCACAGAAGCAAUCAAUCAAUCAGAUUCCAAACUCUCCACCAUGGCCAAGACCAAAGAGGAUGUCAGGGACAAGAUUGUAGACCUACACAACGCUGGAAUGGGCUACAAGACCAUCGCCAAGCAGCUUGGUGAGAAGGUGACAACAGUUGGUGCGAUUAUUCGCAAAUGGAAGAAACACAAAAUAACUGUCAAUCUCCCUCGGCCUGAGGCUCCAUGCAAGAUUUCACCUCGUGGAGUUGCAAUGAUCAUGAGAACGGUGAGGAAUCAGCCCAGAACUACACGGGAGGAUCUUGUCAAUGAUCUCAAGGCAGCUGGGACCAUAGUCACCAAGAAAACAAUUGGUAACACACUACGCCGUGAAGGACUGAAAUCCUGCUGCGCCCACAAGGUCCCCCUGCUCAAGAAAGCACAUAUUCAGGGCCGUCUGAAGUUUGCCAAUGAACAUCUGAAUGAUUUAGAGGAGAACUGGGUGAAAGUGUUGUGGUCAGAUGAGACCAAAAUGGAGCUCUUUGGCAUCAACUCGCCAUGUUUGGAGGAGGAGGAAUGCUGCCUAUGACCCCAAGAACACCAUCCCCACCGUCAAACAUGGAGGUGGAAACAUUAUGCUUUGAGGGUGUUUUUCUGCUAAGGGGACAGGACAAUUUCACUGCGUCAAAGGGACGAUGGACGGGGCAAUGUACCGUCUGUCAUGAUCGUCGUAAUGAGUGGACCAAGGCGCAGCGUGAAAUGCGUACAUCUUUUAUUGAGUACUUUAACCAACAACAAAACAACAAAACGAAACGUGAAGUCCUCGGUCAUAAGCACAAACCUACACGGAACAAGAUCCCACAAAACACAAGUGCACAACAGGCUGCCUAAGUAUGGUUCCCAAUCAGAGACAACAAGCAACAGCUGAUUCACGUUGCCUCUGAUUGAGAACCACCCCGGCCAACAUAGAAACACAUAACCUAGAACAGAACAUAGAAAACGAAACAUAGACACUACACAAAGAAACUAACACCCUGGCUCAACAUACAAGAGUCCCCAGAGCCAGGGCGUGACAGUACCCCCCCCCCCCCCCCCCCCCCCCCCAAAGGCGCGGACUGCGACCGCGCCAACAUAAACCCAACAGGGGAGGGGCCGGGUGGGCAUUCCACCUCGGAGGCGGAUCCGGCUCCGGGCGUGACCACCACCCUCUAACAACCCCCCCGUAGCGCCCCUGGUCUGGUCUGGCCCCGCUGGCUGGAGCUGGACUGGACAUCGGUGGAGCGGAUUGCUUAGGCUCCGUUGUGGAGCAGCUGACCGGUACCUGACCAGGCACGGGCUGUGCCGGACUGACGACGCGCACCACAGGCUUGGUGCGGGGAGCAGGAAUGGGCCGGACCGGGCUGACGACGCGCACCACUGGCUUGGUGCGGGGAGCAGGAACGGGCCGGACCGGGGCUGACGACGCGCACCACAGGCUUGGUGCGGGGAGCAGGAAUGGGCCGGACCGGGCUGGCGACGCGCACCCCAGGCUUGGUGCGAGGGGCAGGAACAGGCCGGGCCGGGCUGGCGACGCGCACCACAGGCUUGGUGCGAGGGGCAGGAACAGGCCGGGCCGGGCUGGCGACGCGCACCACAGGCUUGGUGCGAGGGGCAGGAACAGGCCGGGCCGGGCUGGCGACGCGCAUCACAGGCUUGGUGCGAGGGACAGGAACAGGCCGGACCGUACUGGGAACACACACCACUGGCCUUGUGCGGGGAUCAGGAACGGGCCGGACCGGACUGGUAACACACCCCAGUACCUCUCGCCGUGCCUCUACACUCUCCUUCCCUCUAAUGACCAAUGGCCCCCGUAACCUGGUGGCCUUCUCUCCUAGUCCACAAUCUCGCCCUGUAGCUGCCUCCAGCAGCCCCGUCGUCCAUGCCGUGUGCCCCCCCCCAAAAAAUGUUUUGGGGUUGCCUCUCGCCUGUCCGACGACGGCCCGGUUGGCGCCGCUUCUCCUCUCCUGCCUGGGUCUCCCCCUUCAUCGCCCUCCGGUAACUGACGGCCUCCUUCUCCGUUAUCCUCCCCCAACCGAGGAGGACAUCUACCAACGUUACCUCCGGCGUUUGCUCCUGGAAACGCUGCUUGGUCCUGUUUUGUGUGGGAUCUUCUGUCACGAUCGUCGUAAUGAGUGGACCAAGGCGCAGCGUGAAAUGCGUACAUCUUUUAUUGAGUACUUUAACCAACAACAAAACAACAAAACGAAACGUGAAGUCCUCGGUCAUAAACACAAACCUACACGGAACAAGAUCCCACAAAACACAAGUGCACAACAGGCUGCCUAAGUAUGGUUCCCAAUCAGAGACAACAAGCAACAGCUGAUUCACGUUGCCUCUGAUUGAGAACCACCCCGGCCAACAUAGAAACACAUAACCUAGAACAGAACAUAGAAAACGAAACAUAGACACUACACAAAGAAACUAACACCCUGGCUCAACAUACAAGAGUCCCCAGAGCCAGGGCGUGACAGUACCCCCCCCCCCCCCCCCCCCCCCCCCAAAGGCGCGGACUGCGACCGCGCCAACAUAAACCCAACAGGGGAGGGGCCGGGUGGGCAUUCCACCUCGGAGGCGGAUCCGGCUCCGGGCGUGACCACCACCCUCUAACAACCCCCCCGUAGCGCCCCUGGUCUGGUCUGGCCCCGCUGGCUGGAGCUGGACUGGACAUCGGUGGAGCGGAUUGCUUAGGCUCCGUUGUGGAGCAGCUGACCGGUACCUGACCAGGCACGGGCUGUGCCGGACUGACGACGCGCACCACAGGCUUGGUGCGGGGAGCAGGAAUGGGCCGGACCGGGCUGACGACGCGCACCACUGGCUUGGUGCGGGGAGCAGGAACGGGCCGGACCGGGCUGACGACGCGCACCACAGGCUUGGUGCGGGGAGCAGGAAUGGGCCGGACCGGGCUGGCGACGCGCACCCCAGGCUUGGUGCGAGGGGCAGGAACAGGCCGGGCCGGGCUGGCGACGCGCACCACAGGCUUGGUGCGAGGGGCAGGAACAGGCCGGGCCGGGCUGGCGACGCGCACCACAGGCUUGGUGCGAGGGGCAGGAACAGGCCGGGCCGGGCUGGCGACGCGCAUCACAGGCUUGGUGCGAGGGACAGGAACAGGCCGGACCGUACUGGGAACACACACCACUGGCCUUGUGCGGGGAUCAGGAACGGGCCGGACCGGACUGGUAACACACCCCAGUACCUCUCGCCGUGCCUCUACACUCUCCUUCCCUCUAAUGACCAAUGGCCCCCGUAACCUGGUGGCCUUCUCUCCUAGUCCACAAUCUCGCCCUGUAGCUGCCUCCAGCAGCCCCGUCGUCCAUGCCGUGUGCCCCCCCAAAAAAAUGUCUUGGGGUUGCCUCUCGCCUGUCCGACGACGGCCCGGUUGGCGCCGCUUCUCCUCUCCUGCCUGGGUCUCCCCCUUCAUCGCCCUCCGGUAACUGACGGCCUCCUUCUCCGUUAUCCUCCCCCAACCGAGGAGGACAUCUACCAACGUUACCUCCGGCGUUUGCUCCUGGAAACGCUGCUUGGUCCUGUUUUGUGUGGGAUCUUCUGUCACGAUCGUCGUAAUGAGUGGACCAAGGCGCAGCGUGAAAUGCGUACAUCUUUUAUUGAGUACUUUAACCAACAACAAAACAACAAAACGAAACGUGAAGUCCUCGGUCAUAAACACAAACCUACACGGAACAAGAUCCCACAAAACACAAGUGCACAACAGGCUGCCUAAGUAUGGUUCCCAAUCAGAGACAACAAGCAACAGCUGAUUCACGUUGCCUCUGAUUGAGAACCACCCCGGCCAACAUAGAAACACAUAACCUAGAACAGAACAUAGAAAACGAAACAUAGACACUACACAAAGAAACUAACACCCUGGCUCAACAUACAAGAGUCCCCAGAGCCAGGGCGUGACACCGUCAAAUCUUGGGUGAGAACCUCCUUCCCUCAGCCAGGGCAUUGAAAAUGGGUCGUGGAUGGGUAUUCCAGCAUGACAAUGACCCAAAACACACAGCCAAGGCAACAAAGGAGUGGCUGAAAAAGAAGCACAUUAAGGUCCUGGAGUAGCCUAGCCAGUCUACAGACCUUAAUCCCAUGGAAAAUCUGUGGAGGGAGCUGAAGGUUCGAGUUGCCAAACGUCAGCCUCAAAACCUUAAUGACUUGGAGAAGAUCUGCAAAGAGGAGUGGAACAAAAUCCCUCCUGAGAUGUGUGCAAACCUGGUGGCCAACUACAAGAAACGUCUGACCUCUGUGAUUGCCAACAAGGGUUUUGCCACCAAGUACUAAGUCAUGUUUUGCAGAGGGGUCAAAUACUUAUUUCCCUCAUUAAAAUGCAAAUCAAUUUAUAACAUUUUUGACAUACGUUUUUCUGGAUUUUUGUUGUUGUUAUUCUGUCUCUCACUGUUCAAAUAAACCUACCAUUAAAAUUAUAGACUGAUCAUGUCUUUGUCAGUGGGCAAACUUACAAAAUCAGCAGGGGAUCAAAUACUUAUUUCCCUCACUGUACCUACAUACAUACAUACUGUAUAUAUACACAUACAUACAGUGAGGGAAAACAUUAUUUGAUCCCCUGCUGAUUUUGUAGGUUUGCCCACUGACAAAGAAAUGAUCAGUCUAUAAUUUUAAAGGUAGGUUUAUUUGAACAGUGAGAGACAGAAUAACAACAAAAAAAUCCAGAAAAACGCAUGUCAAAAAUGUUAUAAAUUGAUUUGCAUUUUAAUGAGGGAAAUAAGUAUUUGACCCCCUCUCAAUCAGAAAGAUUUCUGGCUCCCAGGUGUCUUUUAUACAGGUAACGAGCUGAGAUUAGGAGCACACUCUUAAAAGGGAGUGCUCCUAAUCUCAGCUUGUUACCUGUAUAAAAGACACCUGUCCACAGAAGCAAUCAAUCAAUCAGAUUCCAAACUCUCCACCAUGGCCAAGACCAAAGAGGAUGUCAGGGACAAGAUUGUAGACCUACACAACGCUGGAAUGGGCUACAAGACCAUCGCCAAGCAGCUUGGUGAGAAGGUGACAACAGUUGGUGCGAUUAUUCGCAAAUGGAAGAAACACAAAAUAACUGUCAAUCUCCCUCGGCCUGGGGCUCCAUGCAAGAUCUCACCUCGUGGAGUUGCAAUGAUCAUGAGAACGGUGUAGAAUCAGCCCAGAACUACACGGGAGGAUCUUGUCAAUGAUCUCAAGGCAGCUGGGACCAUAGUCACCAAGAAAACAAUUGGUAACACACUACGCCGUGAAGGACUGAAAUCCUGCAGCGCCCGCAAGGUCCCCCUGCUCAAGAAAGCACAUAUACAGGGCCGUCUGAAGUUUGCCAAUGAACAUCUGAAUGAUUUAGAGGAGAACUGGGUGAAAGUGUUGUGGUCAGAUGAGACCAAAAUGGAGGUCUUUGGCAUCAACUCAACUUGCCGUGUUUGGAGGAGGAGGAAUGCUGCCUAUGACCCCAAGAACACCAUCCCCACCGUCAAACAUGGAGGUGGAAAAAUUAUGCUUUGGGGGUGUUUUUCUGCUAAGGGGACAGGACAACUUCACAGCAUUAAAGGGAUGAUGGACGGGGCCAUGUACCGUCAAAUCUUGGGUGAGAACCUCCUUCCCUCAGCCAGGGCAUUGAAAAUGGGUCGUGGAUGGGUAUUCCAGCAUGACAAUGACCCAAAACACACGGCCAAGGCAACAAAGGAGUGGCUCAAGAAGAAGCACAUUAAGGUCCUGGAGUGGCCUAGCCAGUCUCCAGACCUUAAUCCCAUAGAAAAUCUGUGGAGGGAGCUGAAGGUUCGAGUUGCCAAACGUCAGCCUCGAAACCUUAAUGACUUGGAGAAGAUCUGCAAAGAGGAGUGGGACAAAAUCCCUCCUGAGAUGUGUGCAAACCUGGUGGCCAACUACAAGAAACGUCUGACCUCUGUGAUUGCCAACAAGGGUUUUGCCACCAAGUACUAAGUCAUGUUUUGCAGAGGGGUCAAAUACUUAUUUCCCUCAUUCAAAUGCAAAUCAAUUUAUAACAUUUUUGACAUGCGUUUUUCUGGAUUUUGUUGUUGUUAUUCUGUCUCUCACUGUUCAAAUAAACCUACCAUUAAAAUUAUAGACUGAUCAUGUCUUUGUCAGUGGGCAAACGUACAAAAUCAGCAGGGGAUCAAAUACUUUUUUCCCUCACUGUACAUAACAUAUACACUGUACAUAACACAGUACAUAACAUAUACAGAUAAAUAAAUAGAGAAAAAUGAAACAGAAGGCAUUUGAACCCAGUCUGGCACCAAGAGAAGAUUCAUGUGGGAGACAAGCCUAUACACAAUCUGUAUACACACGUACCAUUUACCACAUAGACGCUAAAUAUCUUUAUAAUUUAAUUAUAGGUAGCCCUUUUUCUUUUAUUCCAGGCUUUAUCUAAAUAUUCCGUAAACGGAAAUACACAAUGGACAAUUUUUUUUAUUUCAGUUUCUCCUCAUCGCUCAGACACAUAAUGCCAGAGUAAAUCCGGUGUGCUUUCUAGAAUAAGAGCAAGCGUAUAUCGUGGUAGAAAGGGCAGUAGAGGAUAAAAUGAGUUUCAUUCUCUAUUUCUUUGAGGUCACAAUAGUUACAUAGUCUUUCCUCUUCCAUUUCACCACAAUACCGACCUGUUUCAAUACGCAGAGGCAAUAUCCCUGAUCUUACCUGUGCACAUAGCGAUCUCUUGCUUUUAGGUCGGUUGUACAUAAUAUAUCUCUCACACACAAAUUCGCCCUUAAUCAAACAAAAUGUUCUCAAUUUGGGUUUAUGAUUAAUCUCCUCCACCCAUUCUUUUUCAUAUUGCAUCAACAGUUCUUUGCAAACACUUAGUAAACUGGCCCUUGAUUCCUACAGUAUGUUGGUCUCUGUUGAACUACACAGUUCACCUCUGUCUCACCUCGAUCCUACCACUGUACCUGAUGACACAGCACAUGUUAACACUGACCUUGUUGCCCUAAUCACAAGAAGAUAUACUGAACAAAAAUAUAAACGCAACAUGCAACAAUUUAAAAGAUUUUACUGAGUUACAGUUCAUAUAAGGAAAUCAUUCAAUUGAAAUACAUUCAUUAGACCCUAAUCUAUGGAUUUCACUACUGGGAAUACAGAUAUGCAUCUGUUGGUCACAGAUACCUUAAAAAAAAGGAAGGGGCAUGUAUCAGAAAACCAGUCAGUAUCUGGUGUGACCACCAUUUGCCUCAUGCUGCGCGACACAUCUCCUUCGCAUAGAGUUGAACAGACUGUUGAUUGUGGCCUGUGGAAUGUUGUCCCACUCCUCUUCAAUGGCUGUGCAAAGUUGCUGGAUAUUGUCGGGAACUGGAACACGCUGUCGUGCACGUUGGUCAAGAGCAUCCCAAACAUGCUCAAUGGGUGACCUGUCUGGUGAGUAUGCAGAACUGGGACAUUUUCAGCUUCCAGGAAUUGUGUACAGAUCCUUGCAACAUGAGGCCGUGCAUUAUCAUGCUGAAACAUGAGGUGAUGGCGGUGGGUGAAUGGCACGAUAAUGGGCCUCAGGAUCUCGUCACGGUAUCUCUGUGCAUUCAAAUUGGCAUUGAUAAAAUGCAAUUGUGUUCAUUGUCUGUAGCUUAUGCCUAACCAUACCAUAACCCCACCGCCACCAUUUAUUGUCCCCAGCACAAGGUGCACCUGUGUAAUGAUCAUGAUGUUUAAUCAGCUUCUUGAUAUGCCACACCUGUCAGGUGGAUGGAUUAUAUUGGCUAAGGAGAAAUGCUCACUAACAGGGAUGUAAACAAAUGUGCACACCAAAUUUGAGAGAAAUACGUUUUUUUGUGCAUAUGGAAAUUUUCUGGGAUCUUUUAUUUCAGCUCAUGAAACAUGGGACCAACACUUUACAUGUUGCGUUUAUAUUUUUGUUCAGUGUAGUUUCCCCCAUUCACCAUCUUCCCUCAGAGCACAGGACAGGUCAUAUGCCUGAGUGCUUCAGAUCUAUUUCCAGAUGAUAUGACACUGCUGUUGCCUUGGUAAACAGUGUGUAUUACCACCAACAACGACUUCACGGUCCUCUCACGGUCAUGACCUCAUCAAGCUAAGCCCAGCGGUUGCGGUUGGGUCGACAGGGUGGUGUUCCAUACCGAUGGGCGAUCUAUUAAUAGAGUCUGGUUAUUGAUCCAUUGACCGUUGGAGUCAGAGCUCGCUGCAACUUCCUGCCAAAGCAAGGGAAGCCGUUACAGACGUAGGGAUGUGACCUGUCAACUGAUAGAGAGAGGCAGAGAGGGAGAAAUUAUUCCCCUGGGUUAAAAGGAGUUUAUAGAUAGUUGAUCUGAUGGAAAGGUCAAAUAGUGUGUAUUAUGUACAAGUACACCCGAUCGGAUAACUUUGUUUGCAGAUUCUGUGACAUUCUAUUUCAGUUCAGGGUUGUGUCUAAAAGCAUACUGUACAAUACUGUAAACAUAAGAUUUAUGGUUUGACUGAAACUUCAGCGUGCUUUUAGUGUUUAUUUAAUAAAGUAUGAUAUGUUUGUUUGGAGUGAACGUUGGUUGUGCCUUUUGUGCACAAUGACUCUAAUAGCAUUCAGUAGCAUUACAAGCCAGUGAAAUUGGUAUUUGUCCACUGUGACAGUAUAACCACACCACGUCCUGUAAUGUAAUGUGUUCUCUGUGUCUCUAUCCCAGGGUGCCUACCGGAUAUUCACCAACAGUACCUGUCUGAAGCACAUGAUCCUUAAGGUCCGGCGGGACGCACGCAACUUUGAGCGCUACCAGCACAACAGGGAUCUGGUGAUUUUCCUCAACAAGUUUGCCGACACACAACUAGAGCUGCCCCGAGGCUGGGAGAUCAAAACAGACCCACAGGGCAAGGUAAAGGUCUGCUCACUUAUCCAAAAUACAUAUAUGCACUUAUAGUUAGGUUGUAGUUAAAAUUGAGAGGUGGAGCUUAGUCCUGAAAUGACAAAUGAUGAAAUUAAGAAUUCUGAGAGAUUCUGAUUAUUCCAUAAUUGAUGUCAAUAAGAAGCUUGAGUUAUCUGAAGUCAGGAUUCCACCUAUAAUGUCUAGCCACAGUGGAAAGAUACUUGAGCCAUGGUGCAAUAUAAUGAAACUUUAGGUACCAUGGUUGAAGGUUUCCCCUUGAUACUUCAUCUUAAGUCCUGUGCAUGUAAAUCUCUGUUUGACAUUGUUUUCCUCCUCUUUCCAGUCGUUUUUCGUGGACCACAACAGCCGGGCAACAACCUUCAUUGACCCCAGGAUCCCCUUACAGAACGGCCGUCUGCCCAACCACCUAACCCACAGGCAGCACCUGCAGAGACUACGCAGCUACAGUGCAGGAGAGGUGAGAGAAUCCUCUUGGGAUGGAAUUGAAUUGUCUUUUUGUCAUUACUAAUGGAGUCAAUAGUACACUCAUCUAAUGUCUUCUAUGAGCUGAUGAUUAAGAUUAUGACGAUGAUCAUCAUAAUGAUGAUGAUCUUUGUGGUGUUUGUCCCAGGCAUCUGAUGUGUCCCGGAGUCGAGUAGCUUCCCUGAUUCACAGACCUGGGAACAGCCUGGUGGCCACCAUACGCAGCCAGUACCACCCCGACUCCACACUGUUAGGUGCACCAUGUAAGUACUGCAGCAGAGUCAUAGUCACACAUAUUUUGUCUAUUUAUUUUUUGGCAUUUAGCAGACUUUCAUCCAGAUGAUCUUGAUAACAUGCAUACCGGUAUUCAGUGUAGGUGGUCCAUGCAAGAAUCCAACCCUCCUACCAACUGAUCCACCCCAAGCGUUUCUAGUGAGGGCCAAACCAGAAGCAUACAGCUUGUCUCAAUGGAGAGUCUCUCUGCUUAUGACAAUGAUUGCGUGACUCCAUCUCGUCCCCUGAGAGACUCCGCCUUUUACUCUCUGUCCUAAUUACCCUGAAAACUGUUCCUGAAUCAGCCAGGCCACAGACACAGCUCUAGCCACCACGGCUGGCGUGGCGCUCAAAGACACGCUGGCUUGCCACAGGAAUUUCCAUUCCUCCUCAUUCCCCUCAUAUAAGUCUAUGGUUCCCCCUCAUCCUCCCGCCUCUGUAGCGUCUUGACUGGUGCGGUUGAGCCGCACAGCGCUAGCUGUAAUUACAAAGCCCAGAGUGCCACAGAAUGCCUCUCCUCUCCUCAGCCAUGUCAGGACUAGGGCAGAGUGAUGGGCGGUUUUAAUCUGACAGCCGUCUUCCAUCGGCAAUGGGUUUCAAUGGGGUAGUUGUGUUCACUUAGACAUACAGUAAGUUAUCCAGAUAUGUUUUGAGCGAUGACAGCGUGACAUUUUCUCGGAACAUUUUCUUGUAUGGAGGACGAGAUGUGUGACCAGUCACUUGCCCGCACUCUUUCAGUUGGUGGAUUUUAAAUAACUAGCCACACUAUAAAGUAACUGUUAUCUUUUGAAGUUAUCCGGACCCACAGAGUACUAACACAACAUCCAUCCAUUUCUUAUAUUAGUUUGUAUCUAAUAAAUAUUUUCUUAUUCUUUAAGAAUAGAUAGUAUUCAACAAAAUGAUUAAAAAGGAAUGCAAAGUAUCAUGGGAGAAUAUUAAAGCAAGAUGUAACACUUUAUUUUAGUCUUAUUUUAGUGAUUUGUGUGAAUAGUAAAACCCGAAGGAAGUAUCUCAGCACUAUCACUCAUACUGUAGCACUGGUCCAAGGCCUUACGUGCAGCUUGCUAAUUCUGAACCUCAGCAUCAGCAAGCUGCAUGUAACACCCUGGACCAGAGCUAACUUCAUCAUCUCUUCUGUCUCCUCAGUUUCUCUGUCUGAUGAAGGCCAUUUGACAGAAAUGUCACUUUGUUUUAAUAAUCAUUUUGUUAACUGUAUUAUUUUACUGGAGAUACUGUUGCGCCUCACCUUCCUGCCCUCUGUCCAGGUUGAUGUUUAUUGUCAUGAAUCUUGCCCUGGAGGCAGAACUGAACGGUUUCCACUAAGUGGGCCAACUGCAAAGUAAAUGGUCUAUAUCGUAAAAAAUGUAUGAAAACAAAAAUGAGUUAUUUGAUCAGGGUUUAAGUAUUUACGGUUAGGGUUAGCAGUGUGGUUAAGGAUUAAGGUCAGGGUUAAGGUCAGGGUUAAGUUUAAAAUCAGGUUGUCAAAACUGUUCGCUGCUCUGGCACCCCAAUGGUGGAACAAGCUCCCUCACGACGCCAGGACAGCGGAGUCACUCACCACCUUCCGGAGACAUUUGAAACCCCACCUCUUUAAGGAAUACCUGGGAUAGGAUAAAGUAAUCCUUCUACCCCCCCCCCCCCCCCCCCCCCAAAAAAAAAAAAAAAACACAUUGUAAAGUGGUUAUCCCACUGGCUAUAAGGUAAAUGCACCAAUUUGUAAGUCGCUCUGGAUAAGAGCGUCUGCUAAAUGACGUAAAUGUAAAUGUAAAAUGACUUUGUGACUGUACCAGCUAGUGACCACUCUGCAGAGCUGCCUCCAGUACAUGAGUCAUCCCAGUAAAUGCCAACCUUCCCCUCUGUCUCUCCAUCACCACAGCUUACAAUGACAAGAUAGUGGCGUUCCUUCGCCAGCCAAACAUCUUUGAGAUGCUUCAAGAGCGCCAGCCGAGCCUGGCCAGGAACCAUGUACUAAGGUGAUCCUCUAUAUACCUCUAUAUAUUGUAUUUUUUGCCAGACUUAUUAUUGCUUUAUGAAUUGUUUCAUGAGUUUGUAUUUAUUCCAUUUUGCGUUUACGUUCUGAACAAAUAAGUUCAGUAAUAACCUUUUAUAUCACCUUUUAUCACCUAUGACUUGGUUAUACAUUAUUUGUGAAGUAUUUAUUUAGUUUUUAUGAAGACUUUAUGAAUGCCCUAUAAAGCCUUUAUGUUGUAGAUCAUUUUAAGUGUGACUACAAGGGAUCCAGUUUCCUGUGUGAGGGUGAAGUUCUUUAUAUUAACAGAGUCAGUGUGAACAGGCAGGGUCUCAUAAUUGGAGGGCAGUACAGUGCGUUUUUGUUUAAAGGCAAUUAUCUCAGAAUCAUCUUUUUGCCGAUAGAACCUGUUAAUUCUAAGGUCACAAUUUGGCUGAAUGUUUGACUGCUCUCACUCUGUCAACCAAUCAGGGAGAAGAUCCACUACAUCAAGACGGAAGGUUCACAGGGGGUGGAGAAGUUGUCUUGUGAUGCUGACCUGGUCAUUCUGCUGAGGUAGUGUUGUUUACCCUGUUGCUGUUGACACUAGACAGUUGUUUUGGCUGGUUCUGCGGGGCUCCGCUGGCCGGACGCUGGCUAGAUUACAGUAAACCCAGAGCAUCUAGUCCCACGGCUCAUUCACUGUCUGUCUCACAGCCAAUCCGAUUACAUCCUUCACAUGGGCACACUGUAUUACUUUAGGCCUAUAUACCCAUGCCCACAACCAGCAGCCAGCAGGCGUAAUGUGAUUGGUUUAUAGUCCACAGACCAGCCAGCAGCCGUAAUUUGAUUGGUUUAUAGUCCACAGACUACAUGAUCUACAUACAGUUUCUGUAUAGAAUGCAAUGAUAAUCCCUUUAACGCUCUCUCUCCCUUUCCCUCUCUCUCCCUCCCUUUAUCCCUCUCUAUCUCUCUCCCCUGAAGUUUGUUUGAGGAGGAAAUCAUGUCCUAUGUUCCACCCCACUCCUUCCACCCGGGGUACAGCUUCUCGCCCCGUUGCUCACCCGGAUCCUCGCCACAAAACUCCCCAGGUGGGUCCUCCCUCACCUUUAACUUCACUUGCAGGCAUGCUAACCAAGUACAGGGCUCUAGCCUCAUGGGCCACCUCCAAUCCAACCUAACUAAAUACCCCAAACCAUGUCUGAAUAGGCAUCAUUUAUUUAAGUGAGGGUAACCACUCGGACUGCACUACGGACCUAAGCCAAUCAGGAUCCUUAGAACCACAUGAAAUCAUGUCAUAACAAGUGCCACUUAUGAAUUAGUCCCAUUAAGGGAAAGAACCAGUCACCUCUUGAACAAUAGCUAUUGCGAAGCCCAAGCACCACUCAAUGCAAACCACAAUAUGUGAUUUAAAUGAGCAAUAGGGUUGAUGGUGUCAACAUUCCAUCCUCAGCCUUUACAAAGAUAGCAUACCCAUAAUUACACUGGCAAUGAAAUAUCAGUGAGACCAUACUGUGGGCUGCUAGCGCCAGUUAUGAAUUAAUAAUUACACUCUGAAAUAGAAUCCAUUAUAAACUGGGUGGUUCGAGCCCUGAAUGCUGAUUGGUUGACUGCCGUGGUAUAUCAGACUGUAUACCAUGUGUAUGACAAAACAUUUAUUUUUACUGCUCUAAUUACGUUGGUAACCAUUUUAUAAUAGCAAUAAGGCACCUUGGGGGUUUGUGGUAUAUGGCCAUUAUACCAUGGCUAAGGCCUGUAUCCAGGCACUCUGGUAUGCGUCAUGCAUAAGAACAGCCCUUAGCUGUGGUAUAUUGACCAUAUACUACACCCCCUCUGGCCUUAUUGCUUAAAUAUCACACCAUAGAGCAAAACCUCUGUGAUGUAAUAUGGUGAGGAGAGGAAGCCCAGUGGCCGGCAGUGGGAGAGGAUGGAGCAAGAUGGAACUGGGACAACAUUCUGCUGAUCUCAAUACAGUUUUCUGUUCCCAAAACUGGAAUCUGUUACGAACAGAGUGCACAAAGUUUUGUAGACGUGGAGCUUUGCUAAAGUUUUAAGAAAAACAAUUUGUUUACAAGUAGUGCAAGGGCGAAUUGAAUUAUUGCACACACUAUUGGAAAAAUGCAGAUACAUGCUAAAACGCGGCAAUAGGAUCUCGCAAACACGUCCUUGGCUCUGCUCACUAUGCUUCAUUUGCUCCCAUUGAAAACGACACAGAAGAACUAUACUGAACAAAAAUAUAAACGUAACAUGUAAAGUGUUGGUCCCGUGUUUCAUGAGCUGAAAUAAAAGAUCCCAGAAAUGUUCCAUAUGCACAAAAAGCUUAUUUCUCUAAAAUGUCUGUGCACAAAUUUGUUUACAUCCCUGUUAGUGAGCAUUUCUCCUUUGCCAAUGUAAUCCAUCCACCUGACAGGUGUGGCAUAUCAAGAAGCUGAUUAAACAGCAUGAUCAUUACACAGGUGCACCUUGUGCUGGGGACAAUAAAAGGCCACUAAAAUAUGCAGUUUUGUCACACAACAUAAUGCCACAGAUGUCUCAUGUUUUGAGGGAGCAUGCAAUUGGCAUGCUGACUGCAGGAAUGUCCACCAGAACUGCCGCCAGAGAAUUGAAUGUUCAUUUCUCUACCAUAAGCCACAUCCAACGUCGUUUUAGAGAAUUUGGCAGGAUGUCCAACUGGCCUCACAACCGCAGACCACGUGUAACCACGCCAGCCCAGGACCUCCACAUCCGGCUUCUUUACCUGCAGGAUUGUCUGAGACCAGCCACCCAGACAGCUGAUAAAACUGAGGAGUAUUUAUGUCUGUCAUAAAGCCCUUGUGGGGAAAAACUAAUUGUGAUUGAGCGGGUGGGCCUGGAUCCCAAGUGGGUGGGCCUAUGUCCUUCCAGGCCCACCCAUGCCUGCGCCCCUGCCCAGUCAUGUGAAAUCCAUAGAUUAGGGCCUAAUGAAUUUAUUUCAAUUGACUGAUUUCCUUAUAUGAACUGUAACUCAGUCAAAUCUUUGAAAUUGUUGCAUUUAUAUUCUUGUUCAGUAUAUCUUGGGUUAGUUAUAAAUAUCUAGCAGCUAACAUCCUCACACUACGAUUACCACUCCCCAUGAAAGGCCCUGCUGUGCUACAUUAGAGCGUGGCCAUGCAGCGUUAAUGAGCUGAUAGAGUCGUUAAGAGGCCAUGAUGAGGUGUCUGGGGUUCGUAUUAUUAUUGAUGAGAGCAGAGGAGCUAUUAAUGGAUUAAUGGGAGCAGGGCCACAGCGGGAGGGAGGCAAACCUGGAUGGGAAUGAUGCUGCAUUUUCUCUGCCUUUGAUCUCUGUUGAGAGAAGAGAGAGUCGUUUUUUUGUACUGCUUUUUCAACAGAAUAUUGUACAAAUGGCAGCAACAUGCUGAAUUGUGAAUACAGCUUAAAUUUGAAUAUUACAAUUGGCAAUACAAAUUAAAAUACAAUAAACAGAAUAUUAUGUUAAUCAUCAACCGGUCAGCAGGUGAACCAUCGCUGUGACGGCGCUGCAACAGAAACACUCAGUCCUGCAGUGGAUCAGUUCCAUUUUAGUUGAGGAGCGGGUCUGGUGUAGGCUCACAGACGAUCGCUGAAGUGGGAGGAUACGGCGGUAGAGAUCGGAUUUAAAAAGUGAUCUUGCGAAGGAUCGAGAUACUUUCCCUGCGAGUGUGUGUGAAGUGAUGGUAGGCCCAGGUGCAUGCAUCUGAGUAGUACUUUUCUCCUCCCUUGCUCUGUUGAACUGAGGCUGGCUUCACUGGGGCUGGCUUCACUGGGGCUGGCUUCACUGGGGCUGGCUUCAAGUCAAGUCGAAAAAUGAGUUGACUGAUGGAUCACAAAUGUGCCAAUGAUGAUAUGAACUGCUCUUCUCUGGACUCUCUCGAUGGUAUCGGAUUGUCCCUUGGUUAUCCCUGCAUGCCAAACUGGGGCAGCAUAUUCCACCGCUGGUCGGAUGUACACUGUAUAUUAGGUGGUGAAUACGGUCACCAGGUCCUCCUUAGGGAUGUGGAAGUGCUUCAGGCGUCAGAACGUGACCAAAAAAAAUACAACAACAAGGAUCAUUGGCUCGGCUACACUAGUGGGGAACGUUUUGAACUCUUAACAACUGCCCAUAACUGCCUGUGUUUUUCACUGGGCCUUGAGGCUAUAUGAGCCCAUGAAUUAUGUAUGUGUAAGGUAUUGAUUGCAGUUGUAUUAGCUUAGAUUUAAGUUAGGGCUAUCGCUCACUGUGUGUGUGUGUGUGUGUGUGUGUGUGUGUGUGUGUGUGUGUGUGUGUGUGUGUGUGUGUGUGUGUGUGUGUGUGUUGGCAGGCUUACAGAGGGCCCGAGCCCCGGCUCCAUACCGCAGAGACUUUGAAGCCAAACUGCGCAACUUCUACAGGAAGCUGGAAGCUAAGGGCUAUGGCCAGGGGCCAGGGAAGAUCAAGUAAGUAUGUGUGUGUGUAUGACGCAUGCUUGUACAUGCUGAUACCUGCCCCCUGGUGGUAAUUAUACGUCAAGGACUUACAGUAGAUGUUGCAAGAAAGCAGAAUCUACAGAUAGAGAUAGAUACAGUAGAUGAUUCUCUACCAUGUAGCAUUUUGGAUUAUGUCAGCAUUUCUAUCUGCAAUGUUCUGACUAGCUCCAUAAGACCAAGUAUGACAAUGUGAUGAGAGGAGAUAUGCAGUUUGCUAACCAUUAAAUUAUUGUCCCAGACUGAUCAUCAGAAGAGACCACCUGUUGGAGGGCACCUUCAAUCAGGUGAUGGCCUACUCCCGCAAGGAGCUGCAGAGGAACAAGCUCUACAUCACCUUCUUGGGAGAGGAGGGGUAAGCGCGUGUGUGCAUGGACGCGGACGUGUGCGUGGAAGUGUGUGAACUCAUUGCCAUGUAUUUUUAAAACUACAUCCCCCAUGUCCCCCGUCUCUAGGCUGGACUACAGUGGCCCCUCCAGGGAGUUCUUCUUCCUGUUGUCCCAAGAGCUAUUCAACCCUUACUACGGCCUGUUUGAGUACUCAGCCAAUGACACCUACACCGUCCAGAUCAGCCCCAUGUCUGCCUUCGUUGAGAACCAUCUGGAAUGGUGAGGACUGAUACACCGGGAGAGCAUAUUAUCAUAACAAUUACUUUUUUAUCCAGGUAUUCGAUCAGGUGACCCAUUGUCUGUGUUUACACUGGCAGCCCAAUUCUGAUAUUUUGCCACUAAUUGGUUAUUGACCAAUCAGAUCAGAUUUUUUGCCAAUAAUUGGGCAAAAGAUCAGAAUUGGGCUGCCUGUGUAAAUGCAGCCAUUGAGAUAUGAAUCUCUUCUUCAAGGGAGGCUUAGCCAAGAGACUAUUAAUGAAUAAAAAUACAAAUAAAACCAGAUGUUUUACAGUUGGUUUCUGUGCAUCUUUAACCAAGGAGGACCAAGGAUUUUAUGAUCCCCAUGCAACUGUUGUAGUUCAUCAAAUUGUAUAGGGUUAUUAUCGCUCAUUAGCAUUUUAUUGGUGGGACUAGGGGAGUCAUGUAAAACCAAGCAUUGUUUAACCUUCCCCUUGACACAAACAUAAUGACACUAGUAAACAUGGUAUGAUGUAUUUACCGUCUGUGUCAACCCUGAAGCAGUGGGGAAUAGUACAAGGAUUGUUGGUUUUCAACUUCGCAAAUGACUUGUGUACUCAGGCAAAUGACUACUGUAAUAGCAUAGACUGAAAAACUAAACAAAUAGAGGAGAAACUGAUUUAAGCUAUGAAAUGUAGCCAACACCCUGUGCUAUUCUCUGUUUUACUCUUAGUGGAAAUGCAGCCUUGUUAGCUCAGUUCAUUUGUCACCGGAAAUUAAGCUUCUUCAUGGACACGAAAUGGUUGCCAUAGCAUUCCAAUUAGCCUGUCAUUGGAGGCUAGACUUGAACCAAUGAGGGUGAAGUUUAUAGCUUGGCUGUUGGCACUCUGCCGAGUCAUUAAUUACCAGUCACACGUUGAAAGUAAAUUAGUGUCAAUUAUACCAUUAACCAACAACAUCCAUUAUUCCUUGAGAAUAGACCCUUUCCUGAACAGUUGAUAGCGCUUUUCCACUGUUUUUACCUUUGGAAGACAAAGACAGGUUUAUGCAGCUUGUCCUGUCCAAGACCAUGGCCUGCCCCUCAAUAGUCUAAAGUGGAUUCCUCUCCUCGUCUCCCUUUCUUCCUAGGUUCCGUUUCAGUGGGCGUAUUCUAGGCCUGGCCCUGAUCCACCAGUAUCUACUGGAUGCCUUCUUCACACGGCCCUUCUACAAGGCCCUCCUCAGACUGUGAGUGCAUUGACCACCCUUUUGCUUCCAUCUACCCUAAACACACACACACACACACACACACACACACACAUACACCUGUACCAUAAUCUAUCCUACACACUCUUACCUCUGUACCUCAAUUACCCCGCUUCACCCUACACACACACACACACACGUCUGCCUUGUGCCACAAUCUACCCUACACACCCUACUCACAACUCUCCCUGUACAAUGUUUCUGUACUAACAUUGCAUCAUGCUACACGUCGACUAAAAGGAAUCCUACUGUAACAUCAGAUCCAUCAGUCAACCAGUCAAUGUGUGAUGUUCCCACAGAGCCACAGACCUGAGUGAUCUGGAGUAUCUGGAUGAGGAGUUCCAUCAGAGUCUCCAGUGGAUGAAGGAAAAUGACAUCACUGACAUCCUGGACCUCACCUUCACCGUCAAUGAGGAGGUCUUUGGCCAGGUCAGUCUCAGUUAGGAGUCAGUCUGUUAGGGGUCAGUCUCAGUUAGGGGUCAGUCAGAGGUAGGGGCUUUGACAGUCUCUGCUUAGCCUGACCUGUCACUUUUUAGUAUGUAGUAACUUGGGGAAAUUGAGUACUUUAUCAAUAAAGUAUUAUAUUCUUCUGCCCAGGACAGAAUUAAAAAUGUGUUGGAAGUUUCACUUUAAAGUUUAAUUUCGAAGUUAACAUCUGCCCACCACACCAGAGUACAUCUUUUGUUGGGAGGUCAAAGAAUCAAAAGUUAUUUUAGCCACAAAAUGGUCCCCACGCCACACACCCUUCAUAAAUACAGUACUCUGACAUAAUUUCCUGUUUGCCAUUUCUUGUGUCAGGUGACGGAGCGGGAGCUGAAGUCAGGCGGCUCCAACCUUCAGGUGACGGAGAAGAACAAGAAGGAGUACAUUGAGCGCAUGGCCAAGUGGAGGGUGGAGCGUGGGGUGGUGCAGCAGACUGAGGCCCUGGUCCGAGGCUUCUAUGAGGUACAGCACAAAACUAGAACAUCCCCCAUGGCCCUUAACCCCUACUAACCCCUCAGUGUUUGCAGAUCUGAAGGAAUAGGAUGGGUAUUAACAAUAUGGCGGAUCCUCCCCAUUAUCAUGACGCUUACACCUAUCCAGUUCCUUUCGAUCUGUAAAUUCCAAAGGAAGGUAUGGCCCUAGAGGAAGUGUCAGAGACAUUAUUCCAUCUCACCAUUGCCAGGUGAAUUCCAUUCAUUUGUGGAACAACAGGCAAUCAUCUAUUGACUUCCCUAAUCCCCACUCCAACUCUCCUCUGGCCCCAGGUGGUAGACUCUCGUCUGGUGUCGGUGUUUGACGCCAGAGAGCUGGAGCUGGUCAUCGCAGGGACGGCUGAGAUCGACCUCAACGACUGGAGGACCAACACAGAGUACAGAGGAGGUGAGAAAGUAAAGAUCAAUGCAGACAUCUGAGUGCUUCUAUUUCUGUUAUGGGAUAGUCUUCUUGUGAAGUGUCCUAGGGAAAUUGUUUUUUUUCUAAAGUAAAAAAAGUACUAUUGACUCUUAGAAAAAAAGGUGCUAUCAAGAACCUAAAAGUGUUCUUCGGCUGUCCCCAUAGGAGAGCCCUUUGAAGAAACCUUUUUGGUUCCAGGUAGAACCCUUUUGGUUCCAGGUAGAACCCUUUUCCCAGAGGUUUCUACAUGGAACCCAAAAAGGUUUCUACCUGGAACCAAAAAGGGUUCUCCUAUGGGCACAGCCGAAGAACCCUUUUAGAACUUUGAUAGUACCUUUUUUUCUAAGAGUUCAAACUGAAACUGACAGUGCUGCAGACCCCACAGGCGAGGGAAGAAAGUAGGAAUGUAAAAAGACUGACAGACCAAGUGAUGGUCAAAAAGCUGUCAGUGACAGUCAUGCUCUGUUUAAUGUAAAACCUAUAUUUUUGGAAGCAUAAAUCAAUGUGUCCCUUUCUGCAUAACAAAGUACUAGUGUCCAUAUGUUCCAACUGACAGGCCUGCUAGAGUACAGUAAUGACACAGAGCGGUCAACGCCAAGUAAAACAUGCCUGAACAUCCAUCUCACGGCCUCAUUAGCGCAUAUGCACCAUGUCACCUGACAUAAGAGAGUGUGCGUCUGUAUCUGAUUACGGCCACAUCAUGAGGGCCGUUGCAAUUUCUCUCGGCCUCCUUUGAACAGACAGAUGUGGCAGAGGGGCCGGCAAGCCCCGAAAUGCCCAUAAACAUCCAUAAAUCAUUAAUCACCCAGAAGGCCGUGCUCCAGCUGCCAGGCUGCUCAUCUGGUUCUCAUUAUGGCUAAGCUCUUAAUUGGCCAAACUCAUCAUCUACACAAUUGGAGCCAUUUUCCCUUUCGUUUGGCAAAGACCUCAGUUUGCUGUGGAUGGAUUGGAUCACUAGCCGGACUGGAAAGCCUGCAGUCAGCCGCCUCCUCACCACAGCCUCCAAAGCAAACAGCGCCCUGUUUAGAUUGCAGUUUGUCAUUUAAAGUGAAAACUUUCAAAAUGGAGAGAAAGUGGUGAACAUUACAUUUGCCCUCAGAAUGGGAGCUAGCUUCUCUGUCCACAGUAUUAAUAGUAAUGACAAUGACUUGCAGUUAAUAAGCACAUUUCUCAAACACUAAGUAAGGGGAUGACUCAGUCCCUUUCACCUGCAAUGUGUAGCAACCACCUGUAUGUACGGUUGACGCAGACUACAGAGCAGUGACGAUAACCAGGGUUUGGUACCAGUCACUUACACCUACACAGACUGACCUCACCAAUGACCCCUAAUGAAUCCUAAUGACUCCUUCCCCAGGUUACCAUGACGGCCACAUAGUGAUGCGGUGGUUCUGGGGUGCGGUGGAACGCUUCAACAACGAGCAAAGGCUGCGGCUGCUGCAGUUUGUGACAGGCACCUCCAGCGUUCCAUACGAAGGCUUCGCUGCCCUACGGGGAAGCAACGGCCUACGACGCUUCUGCAUCGAGAAGUGGGGCAAGGUCACCUCUCUACCAAGGUACUGGACCGAAAAUAUACCAACAUAUUAAUAAAUAUAUAGUUUGGAAUUAACUCCUCUUAUAAGAAUCAUAUCUGUCCUGGACAAGUUUCAUUCUUAUAAUCAACUAGUUUCAACUCUUAAUAAAAGCAAACUACAUUGUAAGUAAAUUUUUUACAACUACUCUAUAAGCAGAUUCUUAUAAGCAGAGUGCAUUGUUUUGGGUGCUCUAUUCUGGAAUGAAGAGGUUAUUUCAUUGACUAAUGUAAUUAUUCCACUACAAGGAGAUGGAAAGAUCCAGAGAGACAUUCCACUGGGCACACACUGGUUGAAUCAACAUUGUUUCCAUGUCAUUUUAAUGAAAUGACAAAUGAAACCAACAUGGAAUAGAUGUUGAAUUGACAUCUUUGCCCACUAGGAUAUAGUACAGUAAACCUGGUUCUGGGGUCAAAUGUACUGUAAUCUGCCACACACUUAAAAGGUCCAUUGUAAACACAUGCUAAAUGUGGCCAUUUAGAAUUAUUAAAGCAUGUAGCCACACCCUCUGAGGCGUAUUUAGGGACAGACAUUGGAGCAAAAUACAGUCUUUCACCUCAUAGGAAGGGCUGUAGAGAGAAUAUUUUUAAAGGAAAUUAAAAGGGAACUGUCUGCUUUUUAAAAAUAUAUCAACAGCUUAUGCGACUGGGCUAUUAUGAGAUCUGAUUGGUCAAAAGACCAAUUAGUGGACAAAGAUCGGAAUUGGUCUGCCUGUGUAAAUGCAGCCAAUAUGACCUCCGUUAGAACAUAGAACAGACUGCAAUCCCAACUUUGGGACAGUACUUUCUUAUUCCAUAUCGUUAUUGUCCUUGUCCACAUUUUUACCUGGCUGAAAGGCAGCUUAUGUUUUUUUUGUUAGUGUGUUCAUGAGGCCCCAGACAGCAGCAAUUGUUUUGUCCUGGACACAAAAACAUCCAGAAACAAAGAAAAGUCACAAAGAAACUGGCUUUGAGAUGAUCUAUUUUGAAACUAAUACUAUUUUAUCUGCCAUUGACAAUUCUCAAAGUACAAAAUCAACACCACACAAAUGCAGUAUGUCAGUCAGCUGUCAUUGGAAAUUAGGUGGUCACUCAAACAAAAACAUUUGCCCAUUUCAGGCGUAAUCCCUUUCACCCGUUUUUACUUCCCUUACCUGAGGCACUCUCAUUCAGACCACAUGAUAUUGUCAUGUAAUCCAAAGUUUGCAUAGUGCAAGCAUUCUAUUCUCACACACGUGACGGAUGUAACUACCUCUCUAUCUCUCUCCCUCUCUUUAUUAUAUAUAUUCUCCAUACUGUCAGCUGGUUGAGUGUGGUAUCAAGGCUUAUAUUACCCAUAUGGGGAAUGAAUGAAACGGCCACGGGUGUGUUUACUCAACCAUUACAUUUAGAGUUCCACUUUGUAAUCUUCUUAUAGUGCCAGACAGCUUUACAGAGAGGUAUAACCAGUUUUCUCAGGAGCGAAAAUACUUGUCACACCCCCACCUUGUUCUAAAACUUGGUGAAAAACAUUUGGUUUAGACAAUCUUUUAGAUUAUUAAACAAUUGCAUUGGAAGCAGAUGACAUUAUUUGUCAUUUCAACACAAAUUAGUAAAUUGUACGUGGUGUAGCAGAGGUUCAUAAAAGUCAAACCAUUAGCAUAUUUUCUACUAGCGUAUAAACGCUACUAGCGUGCGGUUGCUUGCUUGUGUGCAAAUAGUUGUUGAUGGAGAAGUGGCUGGGUCAUGUUCAGUAGGUACCAAACAGAGUGAAACAGGGAAGUAGCCUACUAUCUGAUGACAAAUCCUUGUGGAUAUUUUCCAUUGCUAAAUGUUUUGCUAUGUGUGCCUUAUAGUGAACACCACCCAGGUCACACAGUAUACAGUGCUUCUACAACACUAUGUGUCGCUGGUGUCUAAAGCCAGGCGAGCUGCAGGGUUUGGAACACACAGGUUAUUAUGGUCACUCACUAGUGCAAGACAUGAUAUGAAGUUCAAUUUGCUGAAAUGAGUACUGAAUCCUUACGCACCCCCUGGGCCUACUUCUAUUUUCAUAUUCCAAUUUUCAUAGGAUCCCUCUGAAUUGGUUGCAUUGCAAACAGUGCUAUAUUUGACGCCUGUACAGUAUUUGCUGUAUACCUUUCACCUUGUUAGACCUGCAUUGGACAUUUAUUUGGCAAACGAGAGAAGAACUCAUUUAAAGCUAACUAUGUCAGCAGAAAGGAGAGGGCUCCCAUUUCGCUGUGGAGGAGAGAAAGUGGUAGUGUUUGUCAUUGUGUAGGAAGCACAGUGUCAGCAGUAAGGAAGCUAAAUAAGGCUGAGGUUGGAGAUGGGAAUGCCAUGGCUAACGAAUAACAUUUCAACCUAGGGCUUUCUCAUUAUUGGUGGAAGAGAUAAACAAUGUCCAUGAGUCAGAUUUACAGUUAACCCUGGACUUACAGUAUAAACACAUCAUAUUGGACGUUAUUAAUAGACCAAUCGAAUUCUCAUAUUGGGGACUUAUUCAGACUUUCCCUGACGGUGCCUGAUACAGUAUUGUCCCUGACAUACUGUACUGCUCCUCUCCUCUCUUUCAGGGCUCACACGUGCUUCAACCGCCUGGACCUUCCCCCGUACCCCUCCUACACCAUGCUGUAUGAGAAACUGCUGAUCGCUGUGGAGGAGACCAGUACCUUUGGCCUGGAG